AUGGACGAGUCGUCAAAUCAAAGCCAGUCCAAGAGUCACAACAGCAGCAACCAUUUAGAUCAUACAGGUCAUGGUCCAAUGCCUUCUGCAUCCCAGUCCAUUCAUGCCUCAUCUCUAACACGUCGAGUUUCGAGUCCAGAGGAUCUUCAUUUUAUUCGCAAAAUAGCUUCGGGUGGAUUUGCUGACGUAUUUCUUGUGCGUCUUAAAAGUCGAGCAGACGACUAUUACGCACUCAAAACCAUGCACAAGGCAAACAUUGUCGAAGCCAAACUAACAAAACAAGUGCUAUACGAAAAGAAUAUUUUAGAGUCAGUUACGCAUCCAUUGAUUGUUGGAUUACUACAUACGUUUUUGAGUCCCUCGCACUUGUUUUUUUUGUUUGAGUAUGUGGAUGGUGGCGAUCUAUAUAGAAUUAUGAAGCGGGUUGGGAAAUUUGAUGGUCGGCAAGCACGGUUUUUUGUGAUAGAGAUUACCACUGCAGUGGAAUACCUACAUUCACAUGGCAUAGUUCAUCGAGAUCUCAAACCAGAAAAUAUACUGUUGGAUAGAACGGGACAUAUCAAACUUGCAGAUUUUGGGUUUGCUAAACUUGUAUCGACUACCACAUCGUCGUUUUGUGGAACGCCAGAAUAUAUGGCACCAGAAGUCAUACUACAAGAACCCUAUGCACAUUUGGUAGAUUGGUGGUCUCUUGGGGUCAUUCUCUAUGAACUCGUGUGCGGUUACACUCCUUUCAAAGACAAGAGUCUGAAUAUGAUCUAUGACAAUGUAAUUGAAGGAAGACUACAAUUUGCACGAGAACAUCGAGGACAUGUACGAUCUCUUGUUACUGGACUGUUGACAAUAGACCCAGCAUUCAGAUUAGGCCACGAGAAUGGUGCACAAGAUAUUAUGACACAUUUGUGGUUUGUAGAUAUUCAUUGGGAACUAGUGGCAUCCAAAUAUCUUGUUCCGCCAUUCACUCCACAAGUACAAUCACCUAAAAUAAUAGAAUGGCAAGAAUGUGUCAAUCUACACGAUAUUGAAGAGUUUCGGAGCGAGAGUUCAUACGAAUCGUCAAUUGAUUCUGAUUUUGCUUCAUUCUGA